GAGAGGGAUUGGGAGCGAGAGAGGGAAGGAGUGAGGGAAGCUAAACAGGUGGUCUGAAAAAACACAGAAAACAAUGUCGUCCGGCGGGGAGAAGCGGAAAGACCUUUAGUCCUUGCUUCUCUGAAGGAAUACAGCCGAACCAAGAAAAAACAAACCCAUGCUCCUUUUUUUAUCUCCACACCGAUUCCUCCUCCUCCUCCUCCUCCUCUUCUCGGUUUUACUCCCAAGACCUCGGAUACUAAAACCAUGAAAGUCACGGUGUGUUUUGGCAGGACCCGGGUGGUGGUGCCGUGCGGGGAUGGGAAUAUUAAAGUGCACACACUCAUCCAGCAGGCUGUCAUGAGAUACAAGAAGGCCAUCGCAAAGGAUGUGAGUUACUGGCUGCAGGUGCACAGAUUGGAGCACAGUGACGGCGGCAUCCUCGACCUCGAUGAUGUUCUCUGCGACGUGGCGGACGACAAAGACAGGUUGAUAGCAGUGUAUGACGAGCAGGAGCCCCACCAUGGAGGCGACGGUACCAGCGCCAGCUCCACAGGGACCCAGAGCCCCGACCUGUUUGCUGCAGACCUCAGCGCCGGCAGCGGGGCCUCGGCCUUCCAGCCGUACCAGGCCAACAGCGAGAUCGAGGUCACGCCCUCCGCCCUACGCACCAAUAUGCCCCUCCACGUCCGGCGCAGCAGCGACCCCGCCCUGCUCACCAUCAACGGGCCCUUCAACGGCGGCGAGUCGCGAGUUCAAACCGAAGAGCCGCAGCCGUCGAGGAAGAACCCGACCCGCUGGUCCACCACCGCCGGCUUCCUGAAAGCUCGACACAACUCCGGCACCAACAGCCUGGAGAGGAAGGGCAAAGCUAUGGACACGUAUCGCAGUCUGCCUCGGGACGCUGGGACGUGGGCCAAUCAGAGAGAGUUUCAGAGAGAGACCGCCCGCUCGUCGCUCAGCGCCAAUCACCCCAUGGUGGACCGCUGGCUGGAGAAACAGGAACAGGAGGACGAGGCCAGAGAAGAAGAGAACGGCCGGAUCGAGCCGGUCGGUCGAGCAGACUCCUGCAUGGACCACACCCCCGUCCGGUCCCUAGAAGAUAUAGUCAAACUGGUGGAGGUGUCAAACGACGGUGGGCCCCUGGGGAUCCACGUGGUGCCUUUCAGUGGCAGGGACCGCAGGACUCUUGGCUUGUUGGUCAAGCGUCUGGAGACGGGAGGCAAGGCGGAGCAGCAGGGCCUCUUCCAGGAGAACGACUGUAUCGUCCGUAUCAAUAACGGAGACCUGCGGAACAUCCGCUUCGAACAAGCCCAGAACAUGUUCCGCCAGGCGAUGCGUUCCCCCGUCAUCAUGUUCCAUGUGGUCCCGACAUCGAUGAAGGCGCACUACGAGCAGCUGUCCCACGCCGAGAGGAACCCGGCGUACUCCUCGGGCCGCUUCAGCCCCGACUCCCUGAGCGGCAGCACGGUGUCCGCCAUAGACCACGCCCCGCACAGGAUGUCCCGGCACGGUUCCCAAACGCACCCACACUCCCAUCCGCACCCUCAACCCCAACCCCAUCCUCAUCCUGAUCAGACCGAGGGUUACCCCCCCGUGACUCACCCGGUGGGCAACGCAGCCAAGCCGCCCACAGGACACACACCCCUACCUCAGAGGGGGCUGAACGCUACGCCAACGGGAGGAUUCACCAAAAAGGUCGGGAGGAGGCUCAACAUCCAACUAAAGAAAGGUCCAGAGGGACUCGGCUUCAGCAUAACUUCUCGAGACGUUCCCAUCGGCGGGUCGGCGCCCAUCUACGUGAAGAACAUUCUUCCUCGGGGAGCUGCUAUCCAAGAUGGCCGCCUCAAAGCAGGCGACCGGCUGCUGGAGGUGAACGGAGUGGACCUGAACGGGCGGACCCAAGAGGAGGUGGUGUCUCUGCUCCGGGCCACACCCAUGGGGGGGGCUGUGGGGCUGCUGGUUCUACGGCAGGAGGACACCUUCCUCCCCAGAGAAGUGAACGCUGAGCCGCAGAUGCAGAGCCCCAGAGAUUUGCAUCCCAGGCAGCCCGCGACAGCAGUGAAACCCCAUUGGCUGAUCGAGAAGACAGAGGAGGACGAGUUGGUCCUGACUCCAGACGGGACCAGAGAGUUCCUCACCUUUGAGAUCCCCCUCAGUGACUCGGGGUCGGCGGGGUUGGGUGUCAGCGUGAAGGGGAAUCGCUCCAAAGAGAACCACGCUGACCUGGGCAUCUUCGUGAAAUCCAUCAUUAACGGAGGGGCCGCCUGCAAGGACGCGCGUCUUCGAGUGAACGACCAGCUGAUUGCCGUCAAUGGAGAGUCGCUAUUGGCCAAAACCAACCAGGACGCCAUGGAAACGCUGCGCAAGUCCAUGUCGACGGAGGGAAACAAACGUGGGACUAUCCAGCUCAUUGUGGCCCGACGAGUGGCCAAAAGAAACGAGGAGAACCCGGGGAGCCCGCUGGGGGGGAGUCAGCAGACCAUGAACAGCUCCCUGGACGACCACGAACGCAGGAUCUCCCACUCGUUGUACGGUGGCCUGGAGGGCCUGGACGACAACCUGAUGCCACGACAGGGCAUGAUGCCGCGCACCAUAGGAAACUACCAGCUGUCCCCGACCGUCAACAUGCCGCAGGACGACACGGUGAUCAUCGAGGACGACCGGCCGCCCCUCCUGCCCCCCCACCUCUCCGACCAGUCGUCCUCCAGCUCCCACGACGAUGUGGGCUUCACCGCCGACCUGACGCCGCCGUGGGCCAAAGAGCCGCCGCCUCAGAUCGACAGCUCCGUGAAUCCAGAUGAGAACGAUCCGGAUGGCAGUUUUCAAAGGGAAGGCUUCGGGCGCCAGAGCAUGUCGGAGAAACGCACCAAGCAAUUCGGCGAUGCGUCUCAGCUCGAGAUCAUCAAGACGCGCAAGUCCAAGAGCAUGGAUUUAGUAGCCGACGAGAUUAACCUCACCCCUCGUCCCGCCGCCAACACAGGUUCCUCCACAAAGGACGUGGGACCGUCGCUCGGCUUGAAGAAGUCCAGCUCUCUGGAGAGCCUCCAGACGGCUGUUGCCGAGGUAACCCUCAACGGUGACGUCCCCUUCCACAGGCCACGCCCCCGCAUCAUCAGGGGGCGGGGCUGCAACGAGAGCUUCAGGGCCGCCAUCGACAAAUCCUACGACCGACCGGCGCCCCCGGAGGAAGACGACGAAGGCAUGGAGACAUUGGAGGAGGACACGGAGGAGAGCUCUCGCUCAGGGAGAGACUCUGUGUCCACGGUGGCCGACCUGACCCCGCUGUCCGGCACCGAGAAACCCCUGGUCAACGGCACCAACCGCACCAAAGAGGAGAAGAAGAAGGACAAAGACAAGGCGGGGAAGGAGAAGAAGAAGCCGGAGGGCGGGAAGGAGAAAGACAAGGGGAAGGCCAAGAAGGGCAUGCUGAAAGGACUCGGCGACAUGUUCAGGUUUGGGAAGCACCGUAAGGACGAGCGGCCGGGGGAAAAGUUGGAUCGGAAAGGCUCCAGCAAGUGGAGGACGGAGGAGUCGCAGGUUUCUGACGAGGAGACGAUGAAGAUGAGGAUGGAGCAGGAGAGGAUCCAGGCCAAGACCAGGGAGCUGAGGGAGCGCCAGGCCCGGGAACGGGACUACGCCGAGAUCCUGGACGUCAGCCGCACGCAGGAGAGGGCCUCCGAGGAGGACCACCCAUACGCGGGCAUCAACGCCCUGAACUGCUCCGUGGACAGCGGGCACAGCCGGCCCCACAGCCCCCGGGACGAUUACCCCCACAUCCACCCGCACCACCAGCACCAGCACUCCGACUCCCUCUACACCCAAGUGAAGGCCCGCAACGAGCGGCCCCCGUCUGCAGACAGUAGCCGGCUAGCCCCCAGCAACCACGACCGGAUACAGAGGCUGCGGCAGGAGUUCCAGCAGGCCCAGACCGUCCCCGAUGACCCGGACGACCGCAGGAGGACCUACAGCUUCGAGCAGCCCUGGACGAACGCCAGCAGUAACGGUCAGGGCGGGUACAGCCAGCCCGGGCGCCACUCGGUGUCGGUGGAGGUCCAGAUGCAGAGGCAGAGACAGGAGGAGAGGGACUCCUUCGCCCAGGCACAGAGGCAGUACAGCUCCCUGCCACGGCAACCCAGGAAGAACCCCAGCACCAUCUCCCAGGACUCAUGGGAUAAGGCCUACCCGCCUGGCGAGGGCUUCCAGACGGCGAAGGACAACCCUAGGUACUCGAGCUACCAGGGAUCCAGGAACGGCUACCCGGGUGGGGGUGGUGUUAACGCCCGGGUCCUUCUGGAGGCCCAGGAGCUCCUGAGGCAGGAGCAGAGGCGGCGAGAGCAGGAAGCCAAAGGGAAGUUAAUUCAGGAGAGCAUGGUUAGCAGCAGCUAUGAAGGGUACCCUACAGCGCACCUGAAGGACCCCGCCUCCCCCAAGGGUCCGUACCGCCACGAUGUGCCGCCCUCGCCUUCGCAGUUAGCGAGGCUUAAUAGAAUCGGUUCGGAAAAAGGAAGACUUUUUUAUUCUUGAGGAGUAUUCUUGGAGUAAUGGACGAAACGCUGAUCAGAGAACUUGCUACCGGAGCUAAGGGGGAUUACCUUAAAGAGACAGCAGAAGUGGACGCUACAAAAAGGGACAACCUAGAGGUCUUAUAGCCUAGCGAUGAUCUUAGCGGUAAACAGAUGUGAAAUGUGCUCAGUAUGUGGGUGUUCAUGUUAAAUCCCUCGCUGUGCCGAUGACCUAUACCCGUCAGUCCGUCACCCUCCUACAGACGCUCAGUGCCUUCUCUGCGUUCACCAACACCAUGCAUGUUAACAUUUGUCCAGGACUCUGAUUCAUCGGGGUCUGGCACCACCGUGUACUGACAAUCAAAUGGGCAGACAGGCGAGGGAGUGGGCGUUCUUACGAGCCCAUGGGGAGGCGUUAACUUCUGUGGGUUCUGUGUGUGUGGGCAUGUGACAACUCACAUGUUUCACCAUCAAGAACGUGUGUCACGGCUUCACAAAGUGCCCCGUGGAUGACUCGUCCUGUCGGUCACAAAAUCAUUUUCAUUUUCAUUUUACGUUCAACCCCCACCGACACUUUCCCAUUCUGUUUUCUCGACUCCUCAGCGAUCGAGCAUCUCUCGCUCGAGUGCCCCCCGGGGAGAAGAGAAAACAAGGCAAAGUGUAUGAAAAAAGGAGGGCACAGUAUGUGUGUGUGUGUGUGUGUUAUUAAUAAAAAGCCCCCCUCAUAAAUGAUUCAUACCGUGUGUUAUCUCGGUAGAGGAGACCCAGGCAGAGAGGGUAGACAGCUCUGAUCCUCUGCCUACCCCUCCUGCUCCGCUCUGGGCUUGCCUUGCUGGCCCGCCUGCCUGUCUGUCUGGAUCUCUGGCUCCCUUUCCUCUUCUUGUCGCCUCUCGGUGUGUUACCUUUCUUUCUUCUACCUCAACACCCCCACCUUUAUCCUCCUCUCCUCUUUCGCUCAUUUCCCACCUUCCUCUCUCAUAUCACCCCUCCCCUCCCUCUUCCUCCCACUACCCUCCUCCCCCCACCCCCAUGUCUCCCGAGUCAGGCUCUGCACUGAAUUUUUCAUCACAAGCCACCUGCUGCCUGCCAGAGCCAGAGAACGCUGCCACCAGAGAAACCGACAGAGGACUCGGCUUCUGACAUAAAGGGAGGAAUAACAGCAGCAGCAAAAGAAAAUCCAGACUAAAGAUGGGUAGCGAGACAAUACGCCUGCCAGUGCGAGAUUAGCUGGAGCUUUUUCUCCUGUUUUCUAACAAAAGGAGAAACUGUCCUCAGGAGUUAAUUGCGUUCAAUUGCUGUAAUUGCUUUCUUUUUUUACCUUUUUAAGCAUUUAUCCGACACUCUUCUCCCUAAAAGAAAUACUGGAACUGUUUUCUUCCAGACAUUUUAUAAGAAAGGCAAUAAGGAUUAGAAUCCUACCUAUUGUCUUUAGCUGCGUGGCAACCCUAAAACAGACAUUAGUAACUUACUCAAAGGGCUAAUUAGCUCGCCAGAACAUCGCUAGCAGUCACUUUUGCUCUCUGAAUUAGCUAGCAUGCUAACCGUCAGUUAGCGGACAGCUACCUUCGUGCCUGAAGGCACAGUAGGCUCACACUGCUGAAUCAAAAAGGGGAUUUGGAUGAAUCAACCUCUGUAGUUACAUGUCCUAUUUUGUGGAGCAGUGAGUUGUACAAAAAACAGCCAGGUAGCAUAAUUAGCUUCCUAAUUAGUUUCACAGAUUUGUUUGCCUGGAAAAUGUGAUAAAUGCUCGCGUGACUGGGCCUCAAAACAGGACAUUUCUAAGAGACAAUCUGCUUUCUAAAUGCAAUGAUGACCACAAAUGAAAUGUUAGCUAACCUCCACUCCAAAAGAGUGCAGACAGAAAUCUUAAAGCCUAGAAAAAUUCGUAAAAAUUAUCUGAAUUUCUUUUAUUUGGGUGAACCUAUUAAACAAGUCUCUUUUUAAUUCUGGUUCAUGACUGCCCACUGUUUCCCGUAGCUUAAAAUCAGGACAAAAAGACCUUGGAAAUUGAUGACGCACGCUUAAAAAUCCCUGCCACCAGCCCACCACUUUAAUUGUUGCAGUAGGUGUGUGAACCUUCCCCGCAUUGACAUCCCUAAUGUGUGAGACAUGAUGUUCUCUGCCGGUGAGCAGACAAAUGAGAUCGAGCCGAGGUGAAACUUAAAAACAAAAGGGAAAUACAAAACAAAUAUAAAAGACGGCCAUCAUCGAGCUGGGGAAAACAAAACAGGCGGGGUGUAAUUGCCCUUCACUCCUACACACUCCAUAUGCAGAGCAAAGCCGCACGACAUGCAUUAUCUCCCGUCGGUUAGUGAAGCCCCGUGCUGGGGAAGCCACCGGCUGAGUAGAGGUAAUAAAUGAAAGUAAGAAAAUGAAGAACAAAUGAUAUUAAUGUCAUUUUCCCGUGUUUAAACCUGCAUUUUUACCCGAGGAACGUUCACAAUUCUACUCUAUUAUAAGCUAAACUUUAAAAACGUCUGCAUUUUUUAUGUUUUUCGAUUUAACGUCACACACGCAAUAAGGAACUGUUACCAAAUAAUAAAAGCAGUGUAGUUGAGGGUAAAACAUACCUCCACUCGUUGGUUUUUUAAGUGAAAAGGUGUUUGGUUGUAGCGGCCUGCACUUCCUGCUGUGAACACUAGGGCGCCUCUUUCAGCUUUUUUAGAAGGCUUUAUUCGACCUUUGCUUAAAACGUCAUAAACUACGGGGUCUGAUAUCGAUAAGUGCCUGAUAUAUAUCACAAUAUUUUACACAACGAGGGACACGAUGUGAUUUGUUUGUCAGUGACGGUGUGAGUUUAAUAUCAUAUCAAAAUGUGUCAUUCGAUGGGGUACUCCUUCCUGAAGCUGUUUUUAUUUUAUGUACCAACAGAGCCAACACAUACUAUUUGUAUCCUGUUUGACAUUGCCUUCAACCAUGCUGUAACAUGACGUGUGUUUUAAAGUAUAAAAAGAAAAUGGAAGCUGAUGAUGUGCAAUUGUUUGUGCGAAACUUUUACAUGAUAUAUUAAGAAAUGUAUGCAGCCACUUUUUCCCUGUACAUAUCAAAUUUAGAAUAAAACGGAAGGCUGUUCCAUCCUGUUUACAACCUC